AGCACAGUAAUAAUUGCGUCGUUUCACGGCCACACCCUCGCGGAAGGCCCAACUCCAGCGCCCAUUCCACACGGCAGCGCUUGUAGCCGGGCCUAUAAAAAUCAGCUCGGCUGUGCCUGUAAAUGCUGGGCGCCAUGAAGGCAGCAGUACCGCUGCUGCCGUCGCAAAGCUCGAGCGCCUUGCGGCCGGCAGCACCCCAGCCGGUCGCGGCUUCUGUGCGGCCCCGCCAGCAGGAUCCUACCGCCUUGCAGAAACGCCUCAGGCGCUCCGCAGCUCGCCGAGCUGGAGUGGUUGCCUCCGCUGAAGCCAGCAGCCCCAGCAACGGUGCUAGCGGCAGCGGCGACCCGCCUUCUGCCGCCGAUGCCACUGCCGCCGCUCCUGCUGGCAGCACUGCCACCCCCCCCACCUCCAGCACUGCCACCACCGCCAGCUCUUCCGACAGCUGGGCCGACCAUCACGAGGAGGCGUACGAUGUGGUGGUGGUGGGUGGUGGCCACGCCGGCUGCGAGGCCGCGCUGGCGUCUGCCCGCCUGGGCUGCAAGACGCUGCUGCUGACGCUCAACCUGGAUCGCAUCGCGUGGCAGCCGUGCAACCCGGCGGUGGGAGGGCCCGCCAAGAGCCAGCUGGUGCAUGAGGUGGAUGCCCUGGGGGGCGAGAUUGGAAAGAUGGCCGACCGCUGCUACCUUCAGAAGCGGGUGCUCAACCACUCCAAGGGCCCCGCGGUGUGGGCGCUGCGCGCGCAGACCGACAAGAUCGAGUAUGCGGCCGGCAUGCGGCGCGUGCUGGAGCACUCCCCCAACCUCUUCAUCCGCGAAGGCAUGGUGACGGGUGUGGAGGUGGAUGGCAACGACCAGGUGUGCGGUGUGUCCACCUUCUUUGGCAUCACCUUCCCCUGCAAGGCCGCCGUGCUCACAACAGGCACCUUCAUGAACGGGCAGAUCUGGGUGGGGCGGCAGUCGAUGUCUGCGGGGCGGGCCGGGGAGGCCGCCUCCACAGGCCUCACCGAGCGGCUGAUGGAGCUGGGAUUUGAGACGGACCGGCUCAAGACCGGGACGCCCGCCCGCGUGGACAAGCGCACUGUCAACUUUGCCGGCCUUGAGGAGCAGCCCGGCGAUGAGGAGGUGCGGUGGUUCAGUUUUGACCCCGCGGUGCACCGCCCGCGUCCGCAGCUGCCCUGCCACCUCACCCACACCACGGCAGAGACGCACCGCAUCCUGCGGGACAACCUCCACGAGACGCCCGUGUACGGCGGCUGGUUGGAUGCCAAGGGCCCGCGCUACUGCCCCUCAAUCGAGGACAAGAUUGUGCGAUUUGCGGACAAGGAGAGCCACCAGGUCUUCCUCGAGCCGGAGAGCCGCUCCACGCCCGAGCUGUAUGUGCAGGGCUUCAGCACCGGCCUGCCGGAGCGGCUCCAGCUGGCGCUGCUGCACUCGCUGCCGGGGCUGGAGCGGUGCAAGAUGCUGCGCCCCGCCUACGCGGUGGAAUAUGAUUACCUGCCUGCCCACCAGUGCCACGCCAGCCUGGAGACCAAGCGCGUGGGAGGCCUCUUCUUCUCGGGCCAGCUCAACGGCACCACAGGCAAGCAUGCCUUCCGGUCGGGAGCUGAGGCGGCGGCGCAGGGGCUGGUGGCGGGGCUCAACGCGGCGCGCAGGGCGCAGGAGCUGCCGCCGGUGGUACUGCCGCGGGAGUCUAGCUACAUUGGUACCCUGCUGGACGACCUGGUGACCAAGGACCUGCGGGAGCCGUACCGCAUGCUGACCAGCAGGAGCGAGUACCGCCUGGUCCUGCGCUCCGACAACGCCGACCGCCGCCUGACGCCGCUGGGGCGCCAGCUGGGACUGGUGGACGACCGGCGCUGGGGCCUGUUCCAGGCCAAGCAGGCACGCAUCGACGGCGAGCGGCGGCGGCUGGAGGCGGCGCGCGUGCCGGCCGGCCACCCGCUGACGGCGGCGGCCGAGGCAGCCAGUAGCCAGACGGUGCCGCCGCUGGUGACGCUGGCAGACCUGCUGCGCCGCCCGCACGUGCACUACCCGCUACUGGAGGCGCAUGGGAUGGGCGCGCCCCCGCUAGCACCCGCGGCGCUGACGGCGGCUGAGAAGGAGUCGGUGGAGGUGGACAUCAAGUACGAGGGCUUCAUCAGGCGCCAGGCCAAGCAGCUGGCUAGCGUGGCGGCAAAGCAUGCAAAGCGCAUCCCAGACACCCUGGACUACCACGCCAUACACACGCUCAGCAUGGAGGCGCGGGAGAAGCUGAGCAAGAUCCGGCCGCGCGACAUCGGCCAGGCCAGCCGCAUCGGGGGGGUGAACCCCUCAGACAUCUCAAACCUCUUGGUGCACCUGGAGGCGCGGCGGCGUGGAGCGGCAGCAGAGGCGGCCCGCGAGCCGGCAAGCAGCGGCAGCGGCGGCGAGGACGGCGCCCAGCAGCAGCAGCAGCAGGAGGAGCAGCAGCAGGAGCCGCGGCAGCCCAGCAAGAAGCAGCAGCGCAAGGCGCUGGUGGC